AAUAGUAUAUGGUUAACUUCUCUUUAUUUUAUUUAGAUUAAGAAAAGGCUUAUGGAAGGAGUUACUUAAGUAACACUCUACACUCUUCAGUUCUUCAUAAAAGAAAAAAAAAUGAUCAGAAAGACGAAAAGCCUCCAAAUCCAAAUGGAUUGUCAACUCCAAACAAAGGAAAGAGUUUGUGAACUAUGUGGUGGUAAUGAUGGUAAUUUUAAACAUUUACUUGUAACUUGCUCUGUGUGCAACACAACUUGUGAACACAUUUAUUGCAUGAGAGGAGAAGUAAAGGAUGAGAUACCUGAAUAUUGGGUCUGUGAAUCAUGCCAAAGUGUUAGUUACUCGACUUUGAUCGAAACAGAGAAGAACGAUGAAGCUGUCACAAGAGCAUUGAGAAAUGGGAAAUUCUCAGUUUCACAGCUUCAUUCCAAUAAGCAAAAGACUGUAGAAACUGGUGGUAAAACUAAGGAUGUUCAAGAAGGAGAGCUGCCGAAAUUUCCACCGAGUUUUUCCUCGUAUAUUACAUUUUUUCCUGCUCCAAAUGCAACUUGGAAGGGAGACUUCAGCAUUCUAAAUUGGACACCAUGUGAAUUGCUUGGUAGGUUCCAGGCACAACUUCCAUGCAAAGUUCAUCAAAAAGUGUAUGAAAUUUCGAGAAAGAUGCCUGCCGUUCUUCAACUUAAGAUGCUUCCUCGGUGCCAUGUCUUCACUGAUCUCUUCCAGGAUGUUUGUCCAGAUCUUUUAGAUGUUGGCAUGUACUUUUUCCCAGCUGAUGAUAACAGUACAAGUUCAAGACAGGAAUAUGUGAAGCUGUUUGAAUACUUGGAAUUCCAUAAAUCUGUUAUGACAAGUUGUGUCAAUGGUGUUGAGCUACUAAUAUUCUCAUCAACACAGCUUAAUGACGAUUCGCAAAAUAUUUUGUCCUCAGAAUCAAAGCAGUUCUUUUGGGGUAUCUUCCGUAGUAGCACCAACAACGAUACGCCUCUUCCUUCAAAUGCACAAGAGAAGCUCCCCACAUCGGUUAAUUCUAUGACCGUCGAUGAGGACAUGGAAAUCGAAGUACCAUUGAUUCGUAAAAGGCGAAGAUCGGUAGAAUUCAGAAAAGACUAAACUGAAAAAGGUUUCAUAUCAGAUAUUGUAGCUGUUUUCUUAACCAUUUUUAUUUCCUCAUUCUUGUUUAGCUGAGAUGUACAUAUAUAGUAAGAAAAAGAAGCUCAAUGGCUAUGAUUUUUUUGACAGAAUUUGGAAUUGGAGUGGAAAUAUUUUGUCAUUUUUGUAUGAGAUGAUGGUGAAUGAGAUUUUGAUUAAUGUUACAAGAAAGCCAGAGUUGAAUUUGUCAUUUUGGGUGUUCAA